AUGGGGGCAGGUGGGGCAACAGCAGCAUCAGGGCUGAGCACCCCCAGGGAAGGCCAGAGGAGAAACCACUACGGCCCAGGGAACGGCCUCCAGCGCGGGGAGGCGGCACCACAGACUAGCAGGACGCCCACUCCAGCAGGUCACCUGAGUGUCCGCAGCAGGUCACACGCCUGUGGGAGGCAGCCGGUGGCGGGAGCACUGGUCACCGUGUCCAAGGAGAAGGACAGCGCUUGGUCCAGAGCCCAAGGGGGACACGACAGGCGGCGGAUACCUGGAGACGCCUGGCUGCCGUGCGGGUGCGCGAGUGUGCACGUGUACGUGCGUGUGCGUGUGCACGUACAUCACCUGUGCGUGCGCGUGUGCGGAGAGACCCGGCUGCCCAACGUGCAUCAGGGCAGCCACAACCCUGAGGACCUGGACGGGGACAAGCGCGUUUUCUCGGUGGGGGCCUUGAUGCGGCCUACAGGCUGCCUGGCCGCUUCUAAGGAGGCCGACGCUGCCCGCUCCACACCCAAGGCCAUGUCCCCCUCGGAUUUCCUGGACAAGCUGAUGGGGAGGACGUCCGGAUACGACGCCAGGAUCAGGCCCAACUUCAAAGGUCCCCCGGUGAACGUCAGCUGCAACAUCUUCAUCAACAGCUUCGGCUCCAUCGCAGAGACAACCAUGGACUACCGCGUGAACAUCUUCCUGCGGCAGCAGUGGAACGACCCCCGGCUGGCCUACAACGAGUACCCCGACGACUCCCUGGACCUGGACCCCUCCAUGCUGGACUCCAUCUGGAAGCCCGACCUGUUCUUCGCCAACGAGAAGGGCGCGCACUUCCACGAGAUCACCACCGACAACAAGCUGCUGCGCAUCUCGCGCAACGGCAACGUCCUCUACAGCAUCCGGAUCACCCUGACCCUCGCCUGCCCCAUGGACCUGAAGAAUUUCCCCAUGGACGUGCAGACGUGCAUCAUGCAGCUGGAGAGCUUCGGCUACACCAUGAACGACCUCAUCUUCGAGUGGCAGGAGCAGGGCGCCGUGCAGGUGGCGGAUGGCCUGACGCUGCCCCAGUUCAUCCUGAAGGAGGAGAAGGACCUGAGAUACUGCACCAAGCACUACAACACAGGUAAAUUCACCUGCAUCGAGGCCCGUUUCCACCUGGAGCGGCAGAUGGGCUACUACCUGAUCCAGAUGUACAUCCCCAGCCUGCUCAUCGUCAUCCUCUCCUGGAUCUCCUUCUGGAUCAACAUGGACGCGGCGCCGGCCCGCGUGGGCCUGGGCAUCACCACCGUGCUCACCAUGACCACCCAGAGCUCGGGGUCCCGCGCCUCCCUGCCCAAGGUGUCCUAUGUGAAGGCCAUCGACAUCUGGAUGGCCGUGUGCCUGCUCUUCGUGUUCUCGGCGCUGCUGGAGUACGCGGCCGUCAACUUCGUGUCCCGGCAGCACAAGGAGCUGCUCCGCUUCCGGAGGAAGCGCAGGCAUCACAAGGAGGACGAGGCCGGGGAGGGCCGCUUCAACUUCUCCGCCUACGGGAUGGGCCCCGCCUGCCUGCAGGCCAAGGACGGCAUCUCGGUCAAGGGCGCCAACAGCACCGCCACCAACCCCCCGCCCGCGCCCUCCAAGACGCCCGAGGAGAUGCGGAAGCUCUUCAUCCAGCGGGCCAAGAAGAUCGACAAGAUCUCACGCAUCGGCUUCCCCAUGGCCUUCCUCAUCUUCAACAUGUUCUACUGGAUCAUCUACAAGAUCGUCCGCAGGGAGGACGUGCACAACCAGUGACGGUCUGCACGGGCUG